AUGGAAGAAAUACGUUCGCAGACAUGUGUCAAGUUUAGAAAUACCAAUAAAAAAGGAGCCAGAAUAAUUCAAGAAAAAGAAGAUGAUGGUUGUUGGUCAAAUUUGGGGGCGAGUAACGGAGCACUGAAUAUCCCAAACAAUUGUGUGAGUCAAACUAAUUAUGCUGUAUAAUUUACUAACAAAAACCGUUAGACCUCAACCUUCUGAGUUUGUUUCAGGCCUUCAAAGAAAUUAGGCAAAUUGUAUGUAUAGUAAUAUACACUCACACUGAAUGAUAAAAUGAAAAGAAACUUUUUGAAAUUCCAGGAGAAUUCAAUAGGUCAUGAAAUACUACAUAGUCUCGGAAUCCUUCAUGAACAAGCUCGAACGGAUCGAGAUGCUUAUCUACAUGUUAAUAAAACUGGCAAUGUGAAUAUCAAUUUUAAAAUUCUCUUGAUAUGUAUUUUUUCAGAAUUUUAAUAUUAAUCCAUCAUCUUCAAUUGUUUCACCAUUCGAAUAUGCAAGUUCAAUGAUGUAUUAUUCGGACAAAGAUCUUUAUCCGGUAGUUGGUGAUUAUAACAAUACCAUGGGUUUACGUCAACUAACGUUUUACGAUAUUUAUAUGGUUAACAAACUUUACAGCUGUUCAUGUAUGUCUUCUUUCAAGUUUUAGAUGUCUAUGUUUGAUUUUAGGCCCAAAGAACCUGGAGUGUAAAAAUCGAGGCUACACCAAUCCAAGUUCUUGUGAUACAUGUAUUUGUCCAGAUGGAUUUACCGGAAAACUUUGCACUGAAUUGGUAUGAAUAAACAAACUUUUUCAAACUCUGAUCAGAAAAUGAGAGGUUUUUUUCAGAAAAAUGAUAUAUAUUCAUCAAGUAUUGAAUGGAAAACAAUCAGUAGAAAAGUAAAAAACGGAACACUUCACGAAUACGAUUAUAUUAAACCAAUGGCAGGAAAAUCAUUAGAGAUAUAUGUAGAAAGUCAAUCCUUUUACCCAGAUUACAAUUGGUGUGGCGGAGGUAGUAUUGAAAUCAAGUAUAUGGCGGACAUUCGAAUUACGAAUCCUAUGUCUGUUUAUUUUUAUUUUAUUCUGACUUGAAUGUAGAUUGUUUCAGAAGUUGCGGCGGUUUCAAUUUAUACAAAAAUAUACGUACUUCCUUCAACGACCCGACAGUAAUUGUUUAUCGCGGUGGUAUUAGUGAAGCCACUUAUAAUAUAAGAUUUCGUUCCGUUUGA